AUGCAGGCCCUCCAGGUGCUGCCGCGAAAGGCCAUCAUCCUCGCCAUCUCCGCCAUUACCAUCUUCAUCGUCCUCUUCAACUUCUUCGGCGACGUGCCCGUCGAGUACUACAGAAACUACGCCCCCGGCGAGGCGAUAGCCCCCGUGGAGACGCAGAACGACACGCCGCAGCCCGGAUACUUCAAGGCCCAGCCCGAGUGGGAUUGGAAGGUGCCCAAAUACGCCAGCAGCUUCGAUGGCUAUGCGCGCACGCCCAAGAACAGCGACAUUGUGGUGCUGACGGCGAGCGACGGCGGCGGCCACAACAGCGCUAUCCCCAAUGUCCUCACGCGCGUGCUCGAGGACCGCAAGGAGUACUGCGCAAAACACGGCUACCAGAACCUGUGGCUCAACACUAGCCGCUACGACAUUGGCGAAGCUCACCGCACCUGGUCCAAGAUCCCCGCCGUUGCCGAAGCCUUCUACCGCUACCCCAGCGCCGAAUGGGUCUGGCUGAUCGACACCGACAUCAUCAUCAUGACCCCCGACUACGACCUCGCCCAAGAUAUCCUGUCCCCCGCCGCCCUCAAAGCCGGCCUGAUGCGCGACACCCCGAUCCUCGACGGCCAGCUGAAAAAGAACCCCACCCACAUCAACACCCCCAACGACUUCCGCGUCGAAGACAUCGACAUCCUCAUCACCCAGGACCACCAGAGCGUCAACACCGGCAGCACCUUUUUCCGCCGCAGCGCAUUCACCCGCUGGACCCUCGAGAUGAUGACCGAUUACACCAUGCUCAUGGGCAAGGAACACGGCGGUGCCGAGCAGGACGCCAUCAAGCAUCUGAUGCUCGAACACCAGCUUGUGCGCAACCACGUCGGCAUAUACCCGCAGCGCAAAUUCAACGCCUACGCCCAGGGCGGCGAUAACAUGGGCUACCGCGACGGCGACCUUCUCGUGCACUUUGCGGGCUGCUGGGUGGGUGGAAAGUGCCAGGAGUGGUUCGAAGAGUUCUGGGGCAAGAAGGGACACAAGGACGUCUGGAAGCCUAUGACGGGCCAACUGUAA